UAAAAAAUGCAUACAGUUUCUUCGCAGUUUCAGUUGGCGCAAAAUACACCAGUUUCCAUUUCUGUUUCACUUCGAUCAGUACUAUACCUAGAGACCAACUUCUUGUACGUAGUAGUUCUUUAUGCAUUUAGCUCAACUCAGGAAGGAGCCAGCGACGGUCUAGGCGUUUCUGACAGUUUUUGAAAGACCUUGCUGAAAAUCAAUAGGAAAACAAAAAAAAUACAGAGUUGCUGUUAAGUUUGAAUAUAUUUAGCUUCUCCAACAAAUUCUCGAGUGUUCUGCACCGCCGUUUGUAGCAUCUGUGCUUUAGGGAAGUGCUUGAAAAUUUUGAAUUCGAGUUGUCGGCUUUGUUGUGCGUGAAGUGUGUUUCUGCAGAAAAGUAGUGAAGUUCGUCGUUUUUCUAAGCGGAGUGAUGGAUCAGAAGCAACUAUUGAUGUCAGCUUUGGGCGUCGGAGUUGGUGUUGGUAUUGGGCUGGCUUCCCGUCAGACGGUCGUAAGCAAAUGGACUGGUUCUGCUUCGAAUUCCGUUACGAUGGAUAUUAUGGAGCAAGAGAUGCUCAAUACCGUUGUUGAUGGCAAAGAUAGCAAAGUAACCUUCGAUGAAUUUCCUUAUUACUUGAGUGAACAGACUCGGGUCUUGUUAACAAGUGCAGCCUUUGUUCAUUUGAGAAGUAAUGACUUUGCUAAGCAUACACGAAACCUCUCCCCUGCAAGUCGAACAAUCUUGCUCUCCGGGCCUGCUGAGUUGUACCAGCAAAUGCUUGUGAGGGCAUUGGCACAUUACUUUGGAGCCAAAUUGUUAUUGCUGGAUGCGACAGAUUUCUCGCUGAAGAUUCAGAACAAAUAUGGACAUUCUACAAACAAAUCUUCUUUUAAGAGGUCUAUAUCAGAGACAACAUUGAACCGAAUGUCAGAAUUUUUCGGAUCUUUCUCCAUCCUCCAGCCAAAGGAGGAGAAGAAAGGUACCUUACGUAGGCAGAGUAGUGGAGUUGAUGUUGCAUCAAAAGGAAUAGAUAGUGCCUCAAGUCCUCCAAUGUUACGAAGGAAUGCCUCUUCCUCAUCAAAUAUGAACAAUCUAGCAUCAUACUCCACCACAUCAAAUCCAGGCUCUCUAAUGCGUACCACCAGCUUUUCUAUUGAUGAGAAGCUUUUUGUACAGGCACUUUAUAAGGUUUUGGUUAAAGUGUCAAGAACAAGUCCUAUUGUUUUGUAUCUUAGGGAUGCUGAAAAGCUCCUCUGCAGAUCAGAAAAAGCAUAUGUCUUAAUUCAGAAAAUGUUGAGGAGAUUGUCUGGAUCAGUGUUGAUCCUGGGUUCAAGAAUUGUGGACUCUGGUGAUGACUAUAGAGAACUAGAUGAAAGGCUAUCUUCUGUAUUUCAUUAUAGCAUUGAGAUCAAACCACCAGAAGAAGAAACCCAUCUUGUGAGCUGGAGAUCUCAGCUAGAGGAGGACAUGAAGAUGAUACAGUAUCAGGACAACAAAAACCACAUAAUGGAAGUACUGGCUGCUAAUGAUAUUGAAUGUGAUGAUCUUGGUUCUAUUUGCAUAGGGGACACUAUAGCGCUCAGUGACUAUAUUGAAGAAGUUGUGGUAUCAGCAAUAUCAUACCAUCUGAUGAGAACCAAUGAUGCGGUGUACAGAAAUGGAAAGCUUGUUAUUUCAUCAACAAGCUUAUCACGUGGCAUGAACAUAUUCAACGAAGGAAACUCCGCUGGAAGGGAUACAUUAAAUCUUGAAACAAAACCUGAACCAACCAAGGAUUCACGUAAUGGAGAAGAAGGCAGUAGAAGACCAGAACCAAAAAGAGAAAUUUUAAAAGCACCUGAAAACAAGAGUCUAACAGCAUCUGCAGCUCCAGUUGCCCCCAUUACAAAGGAAGUCACCACUUUGGGCACUGUUACAAAAGCUAAUGAUGUUCCUCCUGACAAUGAAUUUGAGAAGCGCAUAAGGCCUGAGGUCAUACCAGCUAAAGAGAUUGGUGUAACGUUUGCUGACAUUGGAGCUUUAGAUGAGAUCAAAGAGUCUCUUCAGGAGUUGGUGAUGCUUCCUUUACAAAGACCAGACCUGUUCAAAGGUGGUCUCUUAAAACCAUGCAGAGGUAUUCUGCUUUUUGGCCCACCAGGCACGGGGAAGACUAUGCUUGCCAAAGCCAUCACUAAGGAAGCUGGUGCAAGUUUCAUCAAUGUGUCUAUGUCAACUAUUACAUCUAAGUGGUUUGGUGAAGAUGAGAAAAAUGUGCGCGCGUUGUUCUCUCUAGCUUCCAAGGUUUCUCCAACUAUUAUAUUUGUGGAUGAAGUUGAUAGUAUGCUUGGGCAGCGCUCCAGAGCUGGGGAGCAUGAAGCCAUGAGGAAAAUAAAGAAUGAGUUCAUGGCCCAUUGGGAUGGCUUACUAACAAAAUCAUGUGAAGGAAUUCUUGUUCUGGCAGCUACAAACAGACCAUUUGACCUUGAUGAAGCAAUUAUCAGGCGUUUUGAGAGAAGAAUUAUGGUAGGCCUACCUUCAGUAGAACAGAGGGAAAAGAUCUUGAGGACACUGCUUGCAAAGGAGAUGGUAGAUGAAGGAUUGGACUUAAAGCAGCUUGCUUCAUUGACUGAAGGCUACAGUGGCAGUGAUCUGAAGAACUUGUGCACUACUGCUGCAUAUCGGCCUGUUAGAGAGUUGAUAAAACAAGAAAGGCUUAAAGAUAUAGAAAAGAAGCGCCUAGCCGAGGAUGAUAAAAACACAGAUAGCCCAGCAACAUAUGACGAUGUAGAAGAAAGGGUCAUCACUAUAAGGCUUUUGAAUAUGGAUGAUCUUAGGGAGGCAAAAAAUCAGGUUGCAGCUAGCUUUUCAGCUGAAGGAUCUAUAAUGAAUGAACUGAAGCAUUGGAAUGAAUUAUAUGGUGAGGGAGGUUCCAGGAAGAAGGAACAACUCACAUACUUCUUGUAGAAAUGUUCAUUUCGAUGUUAUACAUGAAGUAGGGGCACAUCUCCCAGGCCCAUACGUAGAACUUGACAUCAAACAUGCGCACAAAAAAUUGCACAACUAGCACACAAUACAAUUACGUAAUGAAAAAAACUAUACAAGGGGUUCACCCAAAUAAUGAAUCUCAGAUAUUACAAAUUGUGUUAAUUUCGUGUGACUUUUGUGUGUGCAAGUACAACUCAAUACUAGUAAAAGUUAGCGGAACUAGUUUUUUUCAAGUGCAAUAGGAAGUUGUCUUCGGUUUAGGGUUCUCAAGUAGUGCUUUAAAAAGACUUUCGGACUAUAUGUAGUUGUGAAAGAAAAUAAUCAUCUUGUAGGUGUACUAUGUUUACUGAAUUUUAUCAUUAUAGUGCAAAUGUUCUAUGA